GGCGGGGUUUGCAGUCCUGACAGUAUCUGCUGCUCCCGGCUGCUGUUUAAUGAAGAUAAAGCAGGCGUCUUCAUUUCAUUGUCACUGAACUUGUGGGACAAACGCUGACAAUUCAAUCGCCGUUUAGAGAGAUGGCGGAAAAUGACAAGUUUACAACGGAUGGCCUCUAUGUUGGCGAAAUCCAAGGCGGUCUGAAGCCGUCUAUGAAGCUCACUGUAAUGGGGAGAGUAAACCAACAACCUAAGAGCAUUGCAGUGAACCUGGCCUGCAGCUCCAAGGAUCCCGAGACGGAUGUGGGGCUGCAGUUGUCUGUGAGUUUCCAGGAUCGCUCCGUCGCGAGGAACGCCAGGGUCUGCGGGGAGUGGGGCGCAGCAGAGAAGAACAUCCCCUACUUCCCCUUCUCUGCAGGGGAAACCUUUAAAAUGGAGAUCCUGUGUGAACACCAGCAGUUUCGGGUCAUGGUGGACGGGCAGCCGCUGUGUGGCUUUGCUCAUCGUAUCCAGAAGCUGGCCUCUCUCACUGCCCUCAAAGUGUGGGGAGACAUGCAGCUCACCAAAGUGGCCUGAACACCAGCAUGAAGGAAAAAACCCGGAGAGCAGAAGCAGAUUCAAUCCAGCAGUUUACAUAAACCGUUUAGGGGACUAUUUUUAUAGAAAACUCUCAACCACAGGGUUUCUUUUUGUAGUUUUUAUCUUAUAAAAUAUGUUAUUAUAAUUUAUACCACAAGGAUUUUAUGCAAAUUGUUUUAUAGGUGCUAUGUUAUGAAAAGGUGUGUUCCUUUUAUGUAAUUGUGCCAUUUUGUAUUAUAGAAAUAAAGUAGAGUGCCCACAUUUUA